GGAAAACUGAAGGCUGAGGCAGGACUGACUGAAGUCCACAAGAUGAAUGUUGGUGUGGAGGAGGAGGAGGACAGAGCAGAGUCUGCAGCAUCCAGCUGUCUGUCUAUGAAGAGUGACUUUUCCAAAGAGGAACCUCCAUUGUUUAGUAAUGAACCUGGACCCUCAGACACAAAAGUUCAGUCCAGACAGAGAGCAGAGUCUGCAGCAUCCAGCUGUCUGUCUGCGAAGAGUGACUGGUCCAAAGAGGAACCUCCAUUCUUCAGUCCUGAACCUGGACCCUCAGACACAAAAGAGAAGAGGAGUCCUGUUUGUGUGGAGGGGCAGCCGUCCUGCUGUGCUUUGUACCAGGAUGUCUUAAAAGACCCAGUCUCUACCAGCUGUGGACAGAAUAUUUCUUCUUCACUUUUAAUAGAUAGUGGUCUGCAGGAGGUUUUAGAUGAACAUAAGAUCAGUCUGAGGAGGAGAUGUGAACGUGUGACUGAAGGAAGUGAUGAAACAGGAAGUGGAACCCUCCUCAACACGAUCUACACUGAGCUCUACAUCACAGAGGGACAGAGUGAAGAGGUUAAUACCCAGCAUGAGGUGAGGCAGCUUGAGACAGCUUCCAAGAAGAAGACCCUCCAUGAAACUCCGAUCAGGUGCCAGGACAUCUUUAAAGCCUUACCUGGCCAACAGAGAGCCAUCAGAGUGGUUCUGACCAACGGCGUCGCUGGCGUUGGAAAAACCUUCUCAGUGCAGAAGUUCACUCUGGACUGGGCAGAGGGCUCGGAAAACCAAGAUGUCGGUCUGCUGGUUCUGCUCUCGUUCAGGGAGCUGAACUUGAUCAAAGAUGAGCGGCACAGUCUCCUCACGCUGCUCCAUGUUUUCCAUCCAACAUUACAGAAGGUCCCAGCAGAGAAGCUCGCCGUCUGGAAACUGUUGUUCAUCUUUGACGGCCUGGAUGAAAGCAGACUUUCAUUGGAUUUCCACAACACUUCCAAGAAGAAGACCCUCCAUGACACUCCAAUCAGGUGCCAGGACAUCUUUAAAGCCUUACCUGGCCAACAGAGAGCCAUCAGAGUGGUUCUGACCAACGGCGUCGCUGGCGUUGGAAAAACCUUCUCAGUGCAGAAGUUCACUCUGGACUGGGCAGAGGGCUCGGAAAACCAAGAUGUCGGUCUGCUGGUUCUGCUCUCGUUCAGGGAGCUGAACUUGAUCAAAGAUGAGCGGCACAGUCUCCUCACGCUGCUCCAUGUUUUCCAUCCAACAUUACAGAAGGUCCCAGCAGAGAAGCUCGCCGUCUGGAAACUGUUGUUCAUCUUUGACGGCCUGGAUGAAAGCAGACUUUCAUUGGAUUUCCACAACAGUGAGGUUGUUUCUGAUGUCACACAGAAGUCAUCAGUCAACCUGCUGCUGACAAACCUCAUCGAGGGGAAUCUGCUUCCCUCGGCUCUCGUCUGGAUAACUUCCCGACCUGCGGCGGCCAAUCAGAUCCCUCCUUCAUGUGUUGACAGGGUAACGGAAGUACGAGGCUUCACUGACGCCCAGAAGGAGGAGUACUUCAGGAGGAGAGUCAGUGAUGAAGAGCUGUCCAGCAGAAUCAUCUCACACAUCAAGACCUCCAGGAGCCUCCACAUCAUGUGUCUAAUCCCAGUCUUCUGCUGGAUCACUGCUACAGUUCUGGAGCACAUGUUGACUACAGAGCAGAGAGGAGAGCUGCCCAAGACCCUGACUGACCUGUACUCACACUUCCUGCUGGUUCAGAUAAAGAGGAAGAAGCAGAAGUACGAUGAGGGACAUGAGACGAGUCCACAGGAGCUGACGGGGGCUGACAGGAAGGUUCUUAUGAAGCUGGGGAGGCUGGCGUUUGAACAUCUGGAGAAAGGAAACAUCAUGUUCUACCAAGAAGACCUGGAGCAGUGUGGUCUUGAUGUCACAGAGGCCUCGGUGUACUCAGGAGUUUGUACAGAGAUCUUCAAAAGAGAGAGUGUGAUCUUCCAGAAAACAGUCUACUGCUUUGUUCAUCUGAGCGUUCAGGAGUUUCUGGCUGCAGUCUACAUGUUCCACUGUUACACCAGCAGGAACACAGAGAUACUGGAGGACUUCCUCGGAAAAUACAAAACUAGUGACCGAUCACUGGAUGUCUUCCUGAGCAGAGCCAUGGAGAAAUCCCUUGAAAGUAAAAAUGGCCACCUGGACCUGUUUGUUUGCUUCCUUCAUGGCCUCUCUCUGGAGUCCAACCAGAGACUCUUAGGAGGCCUGCUGGGUCAGACAGACAACAGUCCAGAAAUCAUCCAGAAAGCCAUCAAUAACCUGAAGAAGAUGAACACGUAUGAGAUCUCUCCUGACCGAAGCAUCAACAUCUUCCACUGUCUGACGGAGAUGAACGACCACUCAGUACAUCAGGAGAUCCAAGAGUUCCUGAAGUCAGAGAACCGAUCAAAGAAGAAACUCUCUGUGAUCCACUGCUCAGCUCUGGCCUACAUGCUGCAGAUGUCAGAGGAGGUUCUGGAUGAGUUGGACCUGAAGAAGUACAACACAUCAGUGGAGGGACAACAGAGGCUGAUUCCAGCUGUGAGGAACUGCAGAAAGGCUCAACUUUCUGGCUCUCAAAUCUCAAAGACUCACUGUGAAGUCAUGGCCUCAGCUCUGAAGUCUAACCCCUCCCAUCUGAGAGAGCUGGACCUAAGUGAAAACUACAACCUGCAGGAUUCAGGAGUGAAGCUGCUGUGUGCUGGACUAGAGAGUCCAAACUGUAAACUGGAAACUCUAAGAUUGAGUUGGUGCAGUUUGUCAGAGAUCAGCUGUGCUUCUCUGGCCUCAGCUCUGAAGUCCAACCCCUCCCAUCUGAGAGAGCUGGACCUGACAGGAAACAAGAUGCUGCAGGAUUCAGGAGUGAAGCUGCUGUGGGUUUUUCUGGAGAAUCCGCACUGUAGACUGGAGACUCUAGGAUUGAGGGGCUGCAGUUUGACAGAGAUCAGCUGUGCUUCUCUGGCCUCAGCUCUGAAGUCCAACCCCUCCCAUCUGAGAGAGCUGGAGCUGGGUGAAAAUGAGCUGCAGGAUUCAGGAGUGAAGCUGCUGUGUGGUUUUCUGGAAAGUCCACACUGCAGACUGGAAACUCUGAGGUCAGACACCAUUUUUUUUUCUUUCUGUACUGAGAUUAAUAUGAUGUCAAAGUUGUGGUGACACUAAACUGCAGACAUAAGGCUGAUAAUAUACUGAUCCAUGCUGAGUAUCUUAAGUCCAUUGACUGUGGCAGAGCAACGUUGAGCUCAAAUCUACACUGGAUAAUUCACUUUGAACCUCAUUCUGAAACCUUAUUUUAAUUUGUUUAUUCUAGAUCAUGUUUUUUUAAAAUAAAUAAAAUAAAAUAAAUAAAUACAAUAACCUCAAUUUCCACUUUCAGACAAUAACAC